CUUCUAGUCCUCCCCCAUACACGAAGUUAAUCAUAUCAGUUACUUAGCGUGAGGGAUAACACUUGUCGUCGCUCUGUUGAGUGUCGUUUGCUUAAGGGAUAAAUUCGCGUUCGCGAACCGUAGAUCCAUCCAGGAGGUGAAAUCUGGAAACGUCCGAGGAACUUUGAAGCCAAAUCGAGAAUUUGAUUGAGCUAUGAAUCCUAGAAGGGAGCCUCGUGGUGGAAGAAGUUCUCUCUUUGAUGGAAUCGAAGAGGGAGGAAUCAGAGCUGCUUCUUCUUACUCUCAUGAAAUCAAUGAGCAUGAGAAUGAGCGUGCCUUGGAAGGAUUACAAGACAGAGUCGUUCUCUUAAAACGACUUUCUGGCGAUAUCAACGAAGAGGUGGAUACUCAUAACCGCAUGCUUGACAGAAUGGGUAAUGAUAUGGAUUCAUCAAGGGGAAUUCUCUCAGGAACCAUGGACCGGUUUAAAACUGUUUUUGAGACCAAAUCAAGCAGAAGAAUGCUGACACUCGUCGCAGCAUUCGUGGGUUUAUUUCUAGUCAUUUACUAUCUUACCCGUUGAAAUUGGCAAAACCAGAGUACUCUGAAACAAUCCAUCCAUAUCAUAUUUUCAUGCUCUCUGUUGGCUCCUUCAAUCUCUGUCAGUGUAAUGAAUGAAUGUGAUAUGCACCUAGUGUUACAGCGUGAUCAAGUGCUUCAGAUAUAAAUGACAAAAAUUCGCAAUAACUUAUAAAAGUUUUCAUGCUAUGGA